CGGGAGGAAGUCCACUUCCUCUCAGAGCAAGCAUUGAAACCCCCACCCCCUUGGUGGUCUAGUUGGUUAUGGCGUUCGGCUGUAAUUGUCACAAAUUGUUACCGAAAUGUCGCUGGUUCGAUUCCGGCCCGAGGGAUCCUUUCUUUUUGCAGAUUUUUUACAUUGUACAGUUUUUAGCAUUUCCUGUCUGUGGGUUGCCGCUGCCUAGAUUUUUUUCUUGUCGUCUUGUUGGAAGCGACAAUGGCUGCGGUGGAAGAAUAUGUGGCGAUAAGAUAGGUGCACUAUGCUUGUAAGCCGUUUUUGCUCACAACCACUAUGUCUAACUUGGCCAGCACUUUUUAUAUUUUUCUUGAGGUUAUACCAUUUCACUUAAGCUUGGGAUGUUCAUGUUCGCAUAUGCAUUCGUAUUUCAUCAAGUACUAUUGAAUCUAG